AUUGUCCCCUGUAGAGCGAAUCCCUCACCGCCUGCCAUCGACAUCGCUUCCACCCGUGAGUUUCGUAAGGAUCUUGUGUAAGGCUGUUGUUACAUAGUCUUCAAUGGCUAUUACAUAUAUAUGUAGUAGCUAUCUACAGUGUUUCCAGAAGUCCGGAAAAGUGUCAGUCGCUCACGUCGCAUGUGAAGAUGUAUCCGAAAAGAAAAAGUGCAAUGGAUAGUCAAAUUAUUUCGGCAGAAAUUGCUUUAGGUCUUGUUCUGUGUACAGUAUAUCGGAUAAUUUCGAAGAACAUUUUCAGUCAACAGGAGGAGAGUCAACCUGUUGACAGUGAACAGUUUGAGCUAACAAGGUCACUAGUGUGUGUAUGGCUUGCAAGCAACAUAAAGUUCCUACUCAUUAAAUGCAACAGCAAUCCAGUUUCACUGUCUGCACAUUCAACAUCCAGGCUGAUUGCAUUUCUGGCACUUCUCCUGGAUAGCUGCUACGGAAUGAAUUAUCAGAGACUAUAUACUAACGAACGGCCUACAGUGGACAUGGCCGUGUGUUCUUUCUUCAUAGUGAGCAGUGUUGUCCUCUUCUUUUUGGACCACAGCCAGCUGCAGAGCAGAGUGGACUUGCGAAUGAUCUUCAGUGACUCUCAGAAGUUCUUCCUUCAGAUGGACUUUUUUGCCACCUUUGUCUUUGGCCUCCUCUGGCUGGCCUUCCCCGAUUGGCUCCUAGGAUUCCAGCCCAUUACAGGUUCUGAGGACAUCUUCCAUCUUCACCUCAGUAGAGCGUUUGGCGCCAUGAUGGUGGGUGACAGUUUUGUCUCUUUUACAACACAGAAUUUCCAACCCAACAAAGAAAAGCCAUCCGUGUUCAUGAGCCGAGCAGUGGGCAGCUUGGUGCUGCUGGUGUUCCUGGUCCACUCUCAGCUGACCACCUCUGCCUGGGCCCCUGCCCAGAUCUGGUUUGGCCUGGUGGGAGCCAGCCUCUGGACAGGAAACUCCAUCUUAGGUUACCUCAGCUCUAAACAACAAAAUAUACAGUUAGCCCGCUUAAGUGAAGCUGAUCACGUGAGCAUGGUUAAUCAAACCACAGCUGUUGCACGGAAAGCAGAGGCAGAUUCUCUGGGAACCUGGAGUGACUUCGAAUGAGUGAUUAUUUAUUGUUAAACAAUUUCCAUCCUA